CAAUUUUGCUUUUACUCAUUUCUACGUCGUUCUCUCCUUCUCCACUUGGAAUUGAGAAGAGAACCCACCAGAAAGUUUGAGUCUUUAUCUCUCUCUAUCAGGCUGAAACUAAACUAGGCCGUGUACUUUCAGAAUCAAAAUGCUGAAUUUGGGCAGAGCAAGAAUCGGGAGGCAAAACAGAUCUAUGUCUUUUGAAGGACUGGAUUUUGCAGACCCAAAGAAGAACAACAAUUACAUGGGGAAGAUUCUUUUGGUCAUGACACUUACGGCAAUGUGUAUUCUUUUGCUCAAGCAAUCCCCAACCUUCAAUACCCCGAGCGUGUUUUCUCGACAUGAACCAGGAAUUACACAUGUUCUAGUCACUGGUGGUGCAGGGUAUAUCGGGUCACACGCAGCUUUACGUCUUCUAGAAGAUUCAUACCGUGUCACCAUUGUGGACAAUCUAUCUCGAGGGAACCUCGGUGCAAUCAAGAUUUUGCAACAACUGUUUCCGGAACCUGGAAGGCUUCAAUUCAUUUAUGCUGAUCUUGGAGAUGCAAAAACUGUUAACAAAAUAUUUUCUGAAAACGCAUUUGACGCUGUGAUGCAUUUCGCGGCUGUUGCUUAUGUUGGAGAAAGCACACAAUUUCCUCUCAAGUAUUAUCACAAUAUCACAUCGAACACAUUGGUAGUUUUAGAGACGAUGGCUGCUCACGAAGUGAAGACUUUGAUAUAUUCAAGCACAUGUGCUACUUAUGGAGAGCCUGAGAAGAUGCCAAUAACAGAGGAAACUCCUCAGGUUCCAAUCAAUCCAUAUGGAAAAGCUAAGAAGAUGGCAGAAGAUAUCAUCUUAGAUUUCUCCAAGAAUUCUAAUAUGGCAGUUAUGAUCCUGAGAUAUUUCAAUGUGAUUGGGUCUGAUCCUGAGGGCAGACUAGGUGAAGCUCCAAGACCUGAGCUCAGAGAGCAUGGACGGAUCUCUGGUGCUUGCUUUGACGCUGCACGAGGCAUCAUUCCCGGGCUUCAGAUUAAAGGAAUAGACUACAAGACCGUUGAUGGGACUUGUGUACGUGAUUACAUUGAUGUCACGGACUUGGUUGAUGCUCAUGUUAAAGCUCUUGAAAAGGCGAAACCCGGCAGAGUUGGAAUCUUUAAUGUUGGUACCGGGAAAGGUAGCUCGGUGAAGGAGUUUGUGGAAGCAUGCAAAAAGGCGACUGGAGUUGAUAUAAAAGUCGAUUACUUAGAAAGACGGGCAGGAGAUUAUGCCGAGGUUUACAGCGACCCAAUUCAUCAAAUGGUGAGACUGGCAGUGGACGUGAAUCCACUCAAGGCUUUUGUUUGGUUACACGAUCUGGAUCGGUUAGGUGGUAAAUUGGAUCCUGUUACAGUCACUAGUGUGGAGAUAUUUCAGGACAAGUUUCAUACAAGCUUAAAGAUAUCCGGUUCUACAAGUGAAACUUUAAAUAUGGGAGGAUACAUGCAUGUGGAUAUUAAAAUAGGCGUUCUUAGAAUCUUAGCAAAAACGUUCUACCUCUGUGAACAUAUGGACUGCCCUGUUGCACCUGGUGCCUUCGUACUUCCUAUUGACAAAUUGAGGCUUGAUGUAGCAACCAACGGCAUUGGAUGGCUAUGGAUUGACCUGGCAGGAAGACAAUCGUCUGCUAAGAUCAAGAAACCAAUCUCGUAUGCUCUCUCUCCCCUUCACACUAAGCUCGGGGCUCUCUUGUGGCCUGUGGUCAAUACAAUGGCUCUCCUUACGCCAAGUGACAUAUCAAGCUUUUGGGACGGAUUGCAGUUGCAGGGAUAGAGUUGAAAUCAGUGGUUGGAGUUUUGAAGUUUUCUUCCCAAGUGAGAAGGUUUUGUUUUGUUUAUAGUAUUACUAAUUUGAAUUCAAACCAUCGGUUCAUCAAAUGGCGAAAUUGAAUAUUCACAUAAAAGCUUUUGACAACUCUGAAAAACCACUGAUGUGCCUCACUUUCACUAUGCCCAAGCUAAACGUUCCACUGUGGUCUUUGCUUAAUCAAGUUGCCGGAUGAAAAAAUGUUGUCAAGUCUAUCUAUAUCACUAUAUUCAGAGAUGAUCUCUUGCUCUUUGUAUGACAAACACGUAUUUUGUAUGUUGUUUUAUUUUCUCCUUUGUGUUGUGUCCGAGAAAUAAAAGAAAGAGUUUAUA